GUCACUGUCAUUGUCAUUACAGGUGUGAGGCGCUCUCUCGAAAUAUCGUGGGUCUUUAGAGAUUCUUAUUAAUAAUAGUGUAACUCAAAUAAUACAAACCAUGGCUAACUCAGGAAAAGGCACCUUCCAACCUGAUUCAGAUGUUCACAUUUCAUUCGAAGACCAGCAAAAGAUUAACAAAUUUGCGCGCUUGAACGCAAAAGUAGACGAUUUAAAAGAAGAACUUAAAGUAAAACAGAAUGACAUGAAGAAUUUGGAAGAGGCAGUGGAAGAACUUAGUCUGACCGAUGAAUCUGAAAAGAUUCCCUAUCUCAUCGGCGAAGUGUUCAUGUGUCAAGGCUUAGAGGACACCUUGAAAUUCUUAGAUGAAGCUAAGGCUAGAAAAACAAAUGAAAUAAAUGACUUGGAAGGAAGGUGUGAUGAGUUGAAAUCUCAAAUGAGCGAAUUGAAAGCCCACUUAUAUGGAAAAUUCGGUAGUCACAUUAACUUAGAGAAUGAAGAUGAAUAAACAGUAUUAGCAUUAUAAUAAACACUUUUUUGCAAACAUAUAUAUAACAAGUCUCGAUGAAACUCUAAAUAACUGAAACCCUUGCUUUUCAUAGUAAACAUUUAAUAUAUAUUUUAAAGAACAUAUUCAGUAUCAAUUAAAAAUAUGACAAGCCAUAAGCUGCUGAAAUAUCACAAAUUAAACAUCCAGAAAUAUGGCAUGAUCUUAAAAAUAUUAAAUUAACAUAACUGCUGAAGCUUAUUUAUGUAUCAACUAAUGUUGCAAUACCUUGUAUUAUAAUACAUACAUUUAAAAUAAAAAGAAUAUCUACUACCU